UACAAUUUGUAACUUUAUGACCAUGUCCCAUUCAAGGUUACCUGUAAUGCUUUUACGUUAGAACUCGGAUUACCGCAUUUCUGAAGUCCUACCCGCUAAAUAGCUACGUAUUACCCUUACAAUAAUAAGGGCCUGAUAGAAUGACGGCCUUAGACAAUGCGGCGCAGGCGCUGGCCUACUUGCAGGUCUACUCCGCUAACGAUGGCACGUCCAUGUAUGAUCACUUAGUGAGGCUAGUAAACAAGGUCCUCGAAGAUCAGCCAUCCAAGGCUGUUGACCUGCUUGAGGCGUCGCUGCUCGUAAAGAAAUCCACCUUCGAUGCAAAGGAGUCUUCACCCCUGGUACCAGUCCCGGUCGUGCCGGAUGCCACGCAAACAGCCGCGGCCGCCAGCCUCUUCGGGGAUCCGGAGCUGCCCAUCAACCCGCAGACGGGAGAGCCCUACCCAGCUGACCCGCCCAAUGAGUUUGAGUGCGAGAACAUGAGCGGCGCGGCCAUGGUCCUGGACUGUCUGGGUGUGGGUCUGGGUCGGGAGGUGGGCAUCAACGUCGCCCUAGCCGCCAAGCGCAUCGGCGAGGACCCCAAACUAUCUGUCAAGUCGGUCCGCUUCUUCGGCAAGUUCCUGGGCCUGUAUGCUGACUACUACGUCUUUGAGGUGGCGUUCAAGGCACGCUCGGAUGCACCAGCGGAAGCGCCCGCACCGGCGGCCGACGGGCAAGGUGGCAGUGCUGCUGCUUCCGCGUCCACACCUGCCGCCACGCCCGAAGUCCCGUCGGAGGGUCCCGCCACCGGCGCCAACAAGUACACGUACCUGGUAUGCAGCGCUCUGGGCGGGCCCCUCACACGCUUGCCCGACGUCACCCCAGCCCAAGUCAAAGCCUCCCGGAAGAUCAAGAAACUGCUCACCGGCCGCCUCACCUCCCACGUCUCCACCUACCCCGCUUUCCCCGGCAACGAGGCCAACUACCUGCGUGCGCUCAUUGCGCGCAUCGGCGCCGCUACGGUGGUGGCUCCCACGGACUUCUACUCGGUGAAUGACGAGACGGGGGAGCUGGAAGCAGCCGAGGAUUGGGAGCCGCCGCCAGGACGGGAGAUGGCGGUGCCGUCGGCCUGGGUGCAUGUACGACCACACCUCAAGUCCCAGGGCCGCUGUGAGGUAUUCAAACGGGAGCUGCCGGAGGAUGCUGAUGAGGACGAGUUCUACAAUGAGGAUGAGCUGGAGGAGGGUCCCGAGCUGUUGGCCUCCCUGGAGGAAGAUGCCCAACUGCCCAACGAACAAGCCGCCUGGAUACCGCUUUACAGCUCAGCCAGCGAGGCCGUCAAGAAGCAGGCGGGGGGUCUGCGUAGCUUGGUGUGGCCGGGGGCCGUGUGCGGUGCACGUGAGGGCGUGUGGACGUGCUGCUAUGUGGGCUGGGGCAUCAAGAACGCGCCGUUUGUGCCGCUGCCGCCCCCACCGGUGGCUGCGGAGUUCGACUGGGCACAGGUGGAGACGCAGGAGCUGGAGCUCAAGCCGGUGCCGCCGGCAGAGGACGAGGAGGAGGCGGAGGAUUAGAUGGGCAGCAGUAGCGGCGCCGGCGCAGCGACUUAGGGCUGCCGGUGGCAGUAUGCUCGCCAACUCCGUGGACGAGAGCAAUUGCAGGUUGUUGGGAGCUGUGAUGCCGACGGCCCCGCAACAACCUCCUGUUGCUGCUUAGAUGAAACAUGUAUAUCAUUUAAAUCAAUCUGGGGAUC